AUGAAGAUGUUGAGAAGCAGAUAUAGUUUCAUCAUUCUAUUGAUAUUUGUUUCAGGUGUGAUACAAGCAAAAGCAGAUGACUUCAAAUGCCCUAAAGCAACAAGCCGAUGCCAGGGAAAGUUUAUGGAAUGCCCUUAUGAAUGCCCAAGCAUUAAAUUCUCGAACAAGAAAGCUAAAGUUUGCUACGUUAACUGUGAUUCACCCGUCUGCAAGCCCCAGUGCAGGCAUCCCAAGCCUAACUGUGAUGGUCCUGGCUCAGCAUGCCAUGAUCCUCGCUUCAUUGGUGGCGAUGGCAUUGUCUUCUAUUUCCACGGAAAGAGCAACGAGCGUUUCAGCUUGGUCUCUGAUCGUAGUCUCCAGAUUAAUGGUCGCUUCAUUGGCCAUCGCCCUGAUGGCCGAGCCAGAGACUUUACUUGGAUUCAAGCACUUGGAAUCCUUUUCAACUCUCAGAAAUUUUCUCUUGAAGCCACCAAGGCUGCAACCUGGAACAGCGAAGUAGACCAUCUAAAGUUCAGUUACAAUGGGAAGGAUUUAGUUGUUCCAGAAGGUACUCUCUCCCUUUGGUACUCUCCUCAUAAAGAUGUCAAAGUUGAGAGAGUAGCAGACAAGAACACUGUCAUUGUCACAUUGAAGGAUACUGCAGAGAUUAUGGUCAAUGUAGUACCAGUAACCAAGGAAGACGACAGAAUCCACAACUAUACAUUACCCGCUGAUGACUGCUUUGCUCACUUGGAGGUGCAGUUCAGGUUCUCUGCCCUGUCCCCUGUGGUUGAUGGGGUGCUUGGCAAGACUUACAGGCCUGAUUUUGAGAACCCUGCCAUGCCUGGUGUGGCAAUGCCUGUCGUGGGCAAUGAAGAUAAGUAUAGGACAACUUCACUUCUCUCUGCAGACUGCUCAUCUUGUUUGUUCUCACCAGAAAGUAAUUCAACUUCAACUAAAGAGACCUCUUCGGUGACAGGAUAUGAUUUUCUAGAUUGCACCCGUGGUGCCUCCGCCCGAUAUGGAAUCAUUUGCAAGAAAUGA